AUGCCAUUAUCUGUCAAAUUCACCAAUGCCAACGGCGAUGCCGACGACGCAAUGUCGGGUUUGUUGGCGCUUCAUGGAAUGCGCGUGGGCUCCCAUCGCGGAGGGACGUUCGCCACGUUUUCUUUCGCCCCGGCAACUGCAAGCAGCAACAGCACCACAGCCGGACUCCAACAGCAAUACUACCCUCAACAACAACAACAACAACAACAACAACAACAACAACAACAACCGCAACCUACACAGGCGCAACACGAACAAUACCAUCAACAACAAACGCAACAACAGCCGCAUCAUAACUACAACCACGAUCAGCAAAAACUGCUACAGCACUGCCAGCAGCAAGAGCAGCAGCAGCGCCAGCAACCCAAUGCCAGACGGUGCCACAGUAAAAAAACUACGCUCACUGCGUCUUCAAGUCGUACAAGCGACGCAGAUGAAGUCUCACCACAGCAUCCAGACUCCGCGAUACGACCGGAAACCGCCCUGACGCGCCACUUCUCCUUCCUGCCUAGAGAGUCCCGUGUGCGCCGGUGCUCCGUGCAUACGCCGGCCACUGCCCACGACAACGGCGUAGGCAUAGGUGGAGGCGGAGGCGGACCCCGAUCACUCACCCCCGCUACAACCACCUCGACAAUCGGCUGUAGCGCCGAACGUGACCUGGGGAUAGUAUCUGCCAGUCGCAGCUACAGCCAGCUCCUUACGAUGGGCCCUGCUAGCGCCUUGUCGGCUCAGCUACAGCUGCAGCUACAGCUACAGCCGGGUGUGCAGAGCUUGGUCAACUAUCGUACAGACCCCGAUGGGCCUACAGGCCGGGGCAGGGGCCGCCGCCGGUCAGUCGUGUCCGUGUCGACGUCAGCUGCCGUACCCAUCGGCGGCAGCGGCAGCCGCGGUGGCGGCUCCAAUCCAUCCAAUGCCUUCGCGGCUAUCGCUUCUGCCGCCGCUGGCGGCGAGUACGGCAGCAGUACUGUCCGAGCAUGUACGCGCGGGAGUGGCUCCGUCCCCCGGAUCACGUCGCCACAGAGCGCGCUUGGCAGUCUGCAUGGCUUCAGCGGCGGCGCUGGCGCUGCCGUCGUCCGGGACUUGUCAGGCGUCUGGCCGCGCUUCACCCCGCAGCAGCAGCAGCAGCAGCCGGCUGCAGCGGCGGCAACGGCAGCAACAUCCUUUCUCCGCAUGCAAGAUCCAGGCAGCGGCGCGCUGCCGCGCUGCAGCCUGAACCAGUUGCACAGCGUGGCAGCGGCGACACCGAGGAAUAUGAACAAGACGCCGACGGCUCCUCUCGUAGCCGCGAAGCCAGUUGGGGCCCAGGGCACUGGAGGGGCGGCCCCAGUGUCUGUCGCCACCGCGGCAGCCGCCGCCACCGCCAUGGCGCGGCUAAGCACAGGAACCAGCGGCAGCGUCAGCUUGCACGGCGACAGCCUAACCCUCAGCCGUCUGGGGACCGCCAAUAGGAGUGGCGCCGGUGGCGGCGGCGGCGGUGGCGGAGGCCCUGGGACGACUACAGGCUUGAGGCCGUUCGCGAACUUGCGUCGAACCUCCCGUGCGACGCCAUGCAGGAAUUCCGCCGCUAACUUCCCCUCACCCGCUGUGUUAUCGCUGGCGGCGGGUGCCGUACUGCCGUGGAGCCGAGCUUACCUCGCGACGGACGAGGGCCCCGGCGGCCAGGUGCUUGGGGGGGAAGGAGGUGGCAGCGCAGCCGCCGCGGCCGCUGCCGUCGUCAUUGCAUCAGCCUCCCGCGGCGGCUUCAUCAACGACAACAUCACUAGGCACAGCACGUCGCAGCGGUUGCCGCCACCUUCCGACGCCGCCGCUGCCGCCACCACCAAGUCCGACGCCUUCCAAGCAUUCUCUUGCAAAGGACCAGGAAUAUCCGCCUUCCACCUCUCCUGGCUGUCUUUGCUGUGGGCGCUGUUCUCCACAUUCUCGCCGGCCGCAAUGCUACCUGAGGUUUCGGAGCAGCUUCACCUGUCGAAACACGUCAUGUGCGGCGCGGCCGCAGCAUCGCUGCUAGCGGGACUUGUCGUACGUCUCAUAAUGGCAGCGUUGGUGCGACGGUACGGCCCGCGCUACUGCCAGGCGCUGACGAUGUUGUUGACGGCGCCCGCGGUCGCCUGCGUGGCGCUGGUGCGAGACAGCGGCGGCUUCAUCAUCGCCCGCUUCGCUGUCGGCCUGUGUCUGGGCACCGGGCUGAUAGGGCAGUACUGGAACCUCCUGGUAUUCGAUCCCCCCGCGCUCGGAGGCGCCCUCGCAACAUGUGCCAGCUGGGGUACAGCUGGCUGCGGUCUGACCAUGCUGGUCAUGCCGUGCCUGUACAAGCUGAUGUUACGACUGUACGGCGGGGACGGAGGCAAUGCCUGGCGAGCUGUGUUUUACUUCCCAGCCGGCAUGCACCUGCUCGUGGGUGCGUUGACACUGCUGCUAGGCCAGGACACGCCGCAAGGCGAUUUGCUUGACUGGCGUGUGUCUCUGGGAAGCUCUGAUCUAUCCGGUUCCUGGGGAAGGGUGCAGCAACACAAGCAGCAACAGAAACAGCAGCAUAAACAGCAACAGCGACAGGAGAAGCGUCGGAGGAGUCAGGAGCUACGCCGGCUGCAGCAGCAGCAGCAAGAGGAAGUAGCCGAGGGAAAACGGCAGCGCCGGAGCAGUAAACGGAGCAGGCGGACAAGGGAAUCCCGUGAAGCGGCGGAUCAUCGGCCUCUGGACGCGGCGGCAGCGGCGGCAGCUGCGGCGGCGGCCGUGCCGCCGCCGCCGCCGUCGCCGCCACUGGCGGACGACAUCGAGCCCCGAUUGCAUUCGCAAAUGGAUGCUCAGCAGAGCCGUACGGGGUCUGCGAGCUUGCGGGGUUGGUCAUCCUAUCGGCGCAUGGACGGAUUUGGGCGAGCCGAAGCGGCGACUGGCGCGGCGGCGGCGGCGGCGGUGGCGGCAGCACCGUCGCCGCUGCCGCCGGCAGUAGUCGAUGCCGAGGACUCUGACGACACGCCCCCGAGCAAGGUCGGGGAAUUCCCUUUGCACCCACAGCAACCGCAGCUGGCGAUAUUGCUGGUGGGGCGGGAGGUGGUGGCGGAGGCAGCGGCGCUGGAGGCCGACGCGAGGGCGCCGGCGGACGCACAAGGGCCCAGCUGUACCGAUGGUGGCGGCUGCGGCGGCGGCGACUGCGGCGGCUGCGGCGGCGGCGGCGGCUGCGGAGCAAAAUGGUUAAGUCCAGAUUUAGAAUCGUCGCUGCGGCAGCAUAACAGCCAAUCCCGGCCUGUCGCUGAGGCGUAUGAGGUGGCUGCGGCGGGAGCCGUACAGGACUCCGCGUCGAUUUCGUCACUGGCGGCGCCGUCAACGAUAGCAGCGGCGGGUCCGCCGCCAGCGCCCCAAGAUUGGAUGUACGACAUCAGCCGCGACCAGUCCAGGGAUUGCACGGCUUACAUGGAGUGGCGUCGCAGCCGCGUGCAGCAGCAUCGCGCUCUGGGCGCCGGCUGGCGCGAUGUUGUACAUCUGUACGGCAUUGCGUUUCGAAAUUAUCGCUGCCUGUUGCUGGGCCUGAACCACGGUUACAACUACGGCGCGCAGAUGGCGCUGUACAACGUCCUAACAUUAUACUUGUACCGUCGGUACGGCAUUGGUUUCGUUGCCGCUGGCGCCCUAGCGGCGAUGCCCGGCCUGCUCAGCGCUGUCGUACUGAUGUACGGCAAUCAUCUAUCGGGACUGGCUACAGGAGCCACGUACGCUAUCAUGCCGUACAUCAGCUACCGCGCAUUCUCGGCCGUAAUGGGCGUUACGUCGUCGGGGGGCGAGCUUGGCGGGGUGCUGCUGCUGGUUUUCUUCUUCUCAUCGGACCACAUGUCGUACGAGCAGGGGCUCAUGUGGAUGGGCGUUACGAUGCUUGCCACGUCUUUGACGCUGCUCCUGCUGCGCUUUCCGAUGUGGGGCGGCAUGCUGACGGCGGCCCCCGGCGGGCGGUACGGCAGUGUACGGGAAGAGGAUUACUACUUGUCGGAGUGGACCCGGGAAGAGGUGGACUCGGGGGAGGCAACAUGCGCGUUGGACUUUGCAGUGCGCGCCCGAUCAGAACGGGGCUGCGGCGGCUGCGGUGACGGUGGCGACGGUGAUGAUGUUGAGGGUGGCAGUUACCGACCGGUUGAGCUAUACCUUGAGGAGCCUGUGACAUCAAGUGACAGUGUACGGUGA